AUGUCCUGUCCUGACUGCUUCCGUGGUUCUGUUCAUGAAGGUACACCCAAAGGGCAGGUCACAAAAGUCCAUGGACUUGAUGCAUACGUUGCCGAGCCUACUUCAGGCGCACCUGUCAAGGGCAUCAUCGUAAUCCUUCCUGAUGCAUUUGGUUGGGAGUUUGUCAAUUUGAGGCUCUUGGCAGAUGGGUAUGCCGAGACUGGAGGUUACAAAGUGUAUCUACCUGAAUUCAUGGAUGGGUAUGCUGCUCCUAUUUCGGCGGUGGACGUGAUGCGCAAAGCAUUCAAUAACGGAAGUUGGACUGAUACGUUACUCAAACCAUACUACUUUGCAAAGAUGCUCUACCUCAUGAUUCCAUUCAUGCUUGCAAACACCUUUUCCAAAACCUGGCCCCCAGUCAAGUCCUUUUUUGAAUCUAUCCGGGAAAACGAGGGCGCAAACCUUCCAGUUGGCGCAGCAGGGUUCUGCUGGGGCGGGAAACACACGGUGGUGUUGGCACAUGGCUAUGAAGCAUCUAAUGGCAAGCCUCUCAUCGAUGCAGGCUUCACGGCGCAUCCUAGCAAUCUUGUCCUGCCGACUGAGAUUGAGCAGAUGAAGAAACCAGUUAGCUUUGCUCUCGGCGAUAAGGACAUUGUGAUCAAGGCUCCGCAGAUUGAACAGAUUAAGCAGAUAGUAGAGAAACAGAGCGAAGAGGCCAAGGGAGAGGUAAAGGUCUAUUAUGGUGCUAGUCAUGGGUUCGGUGUGCGUGCAGAUCUUGUCCUGUUGGAUGCCCAAAAACAGGCAAAUGAAUGCCAGGAACAGGCUCUGCAUUGGUUUAAUAGUCAGUUCCAGGGCCUUUAUUAA